ACUGACGUAGCCGCCCCAGUCAAGUCGGGCGUCCAUAAAGGUUCUCUGUACAUUAACCCUGUUCUUUUGAUGAAAAACAGUAAAGAUGCCUGAAUCGUGUAUUGCUUGGAACUGUAAGAUCCGCCGAAAUGCAGAAACAAAAGCCCAAGGGAUCACCUUCCACAGGUUCCCAAAAGCCGAGAAAGCAAGGAAGCAGUGGGAAGAAGCAUUCCUGGAGAAGGGGUUUAAAGCUUGCUCGUCUGCCAUGCUCUGUAACAAACACUUCAGAGAAGAGGACAUGGACAGGACGGGUCAGACCGUCAGAAUCCGAGAAGGAGCCAUUCCAACAAUAUUUGAUUUCCCGCCUCACCUCCAAAAGCUGGCACAGAGGAAAGCAAGGAAGCGAGUCCUGGAUUUAAAGAGGCACGUGGCGAGCACACCAUUAGACUUGUCUCGGCCUGACGCCAACAAACAGAGUAAUAAUGAAGCUCUGAGCAACACGCUACGAGCUAGCGAGAAGCACAGUAAGCCUGACAACAAACAGAAAAAUGAAGCUCUGUGCAACGCGUUACGAGCUAGCGAGAAGGACCACUGCUAUGGCCUGUCCACAUCGCCUGUUGACCUGAAAGCCAGGCUCCAUGGGGCCUUGUCUCGCGUGGCCAGCCUGGAGCGAGACCUGCGGAACGUCACGACCCGAGAGAAGCGAGCCAAGCACAUGGUGCAGCGCCUCCUGGAGGACUUGAAGAGGAAGAACGACGUCAACAGGGAACUGAAGGAACAGCUUGAUCAGUAUGCAGAGUUGCCUUUGCACCUUCUGCCAAGAUUUGGACAUGAGUACACCAAGGAGCAGAAGGAGUUUUCCAUCAAGGUCUUCGUCCACAGUGCGAAAGCUUAUGCGUUUGUGAGGAAGCACCUUAACCUCCCGCACCCGCGUACGUUGCAAAGGUGGCCGGAAUAUGCCCUGAUGAGGGGUGAGCUCGUCUCCAUGCCGUCAUCUCCAACACCAACUCCAACACCAACACCAAGCGCGCUCUUGGAAAAGAAGAAGAGUAUGACCAGCACGAAACCGAAGAAGAAGAAGACGGAUGGAAAUGAUGCCGACCAGAUACACAGCCAUGCCACAGAAAUGGAGCCCGGGAGACAGGAGACGAGACACAACGGACACAAUGGAGAGACAAUGGACAUGGGGCUGCAAGACAUCCGCUCAAGUGCCGACGCAGAGGCGGCGUCUCGUCUCGAGACGAUAAUGAUCUCGGACUUGUAUGAACGGUGAUGAAAGAGGAGGUUUUACUCAAGGGAUGCAGUAUGAUGAUGAUGAUGAUGAUGAUGAUGAUGAUGUCAUUGUGUGUAGCCAUAAAAGUGUCUGGACACGACACCAGACUAUCGGGUCAAACGGGUGCCGUGGGCAUAUGGUUAAGAAGCUGUGACGGAGAACGGAAGCGAGGAUAUUGUUGCGCUCUAGAUGUUUAGAGUAAUAACCAGGUGCAUGGACCCUGAAAGAACAGUCAAAAACAAUUCCUUCGUGUCUUAUUCAGCUCUAGAUGGUUUGAGAAAUAAGCAGGUGCAUGAACCCUAAAAGAACAGUCAAGCACAAGGAGGUUUUUUGUAUUAUUAUUAUUUUCUGAAAUUAGAGGAGAGCAGAGGUUUGAGGGUUCUUCCACAGAGAGCAUUGAUGAUGGCAGAACCCUGAAAAGUCUGCUCUUCUCUCCUCUCAGAAGAAAAAAAACAAUUCCUUCGUGUCUUAUUCAGUGCACUUCAGACCUGCUCUCACCAUUGCACUAAGGAGCUGUGUAGUGUAGUGGUGGACAUGUGGUCUUGAUGAAGAUGAAUUUGAAAGCCCUGCUGCCAUGAACUCUCCCUGCUUGGGCUGUACAAGGCAAGAGAUGGACUCCAUGAUACAACAAAGUGAACAAGUGUGUUGAUUUUGAUUCACAGCCCAUGGUUUAGUUUAGUUUAACAGGACUGGUUGAAGGAGAGGAUUGUGCACAUCCCAGGAAAAGGUGCAGGACGAAGGCCAACUGAAGUUUUCAAAGUGAGGAGUCCACACACUUAAAAUUCUUUUUGUCUUUUAUUAUUUCAUGGCUGGAUUACGUUUCGACUUAAGAUAAUGCAGCCAUGAAAUUAUAAAAGACAAAAAGUGUGCGGACUCCUCUCUUUGAAAACCUUA